AUGGCCGAGAUUGGCCUGGUGGCCUCAUUGUUGGGCAUCUCAACUUUCGGUAUUCGGUUGACUACGGUCCUCUACAAUUUUGGCUCGACUGCUUCAUCGGCCAGAGAACAGACGGACUAUGUUGCCCGCCAUGUCACGCUCUACUCGGACGUUCUCGAAAUACUCGCUCGGCGGAUCAACGACGACGAACCAAUCCACUCCCGCCAGGCUCUUGACCUAGUCAAUGACAUAUACGGCCAUUCUUGUGACCUGUUCGACAAGAUCCGAGAUCUCCUGCCAGACCGGGCCGACAAGGUCAGCUUCGUGGACAAGAUCAAGUGGAAUUUCAAGAAGACCAAGGUCGAUCUCCUGGUCUCCGAGAUCCAGUACUUGAAGAGCACCGUCAAUCUCCUGGUGAGCGUCCUGUAUGCCGGCCGGACCAUACGGAGGCACAAGCGCAAGAAGAAAUCCAAAAAGGCAGCGCAGGACGCCGCCGUAAAGGAAGAUUGCCAGGCCAAGGCUGAACAGGACGAUCAAACAGCAGACGACGAGAUCACUGGCACAAAUGGCAAUGACAGUGACAAUUGCAACGGCGGUCGCGUCUCUACGGCUCUGGUCAAGCAUUCACCGCAUGUGCCACCGUUAAUCAACACCACCGCCAUGGUCCAAUUCAGGCAGCUGGUGGGUCAAGCGAGCGAUGUUUCCGAGGAGCGAAGCCUUGUGAUGGCCAACUCGGUCGACUUGUUGAGAGAUUUGCUUGACCAAUGGACCAACCUGGAGGACGACGGCACCGUCACCGCAGCUGCAGCCGCCGCUACAGAUGGAGCCGAGUCCUCCACCCCACGAGCAGCAGACGAACAGGCGUCCAGCGAAGGCAACACCACGGCCGCAAACCCGAAGCCGUCCGAAGAAGGGUUAUAUGACGUCUGGAGAAAUUACUACCUGCAGUCGCAAAAAAGAGUGGAAGAACUCGAGGCUGAACUAUCGAAGAUGAAGACAUCGCAAACCACCACUUCCCCCGCUGUCCACACCUCUCCUACCGACCCCUUCAGUGGGGCCAAUCCAGUGAUAGCGGAGGCGGUUGCGGAUGCAGCUCGCAAGCAUUUUCUUCCAUCAAGGUCGAGUCGUGAGAAGGAAGCAGGGAAGAAAACGCCCGACGGCCGAACGCUAGGACAAAGAGCAGCUCUCGCAGCUGCGGAGGUCCUUGGGAUGAGAGCAUGGAAAACGGCCUCGGGUCGGCAAGAUGCAGGUCAGUCGAGACGGUCUUCCAGGAUGUCUAGCAAGCUUCCGAAGGAUUCGAGACGGAGAGAUGACCAUCCGCGAGAACCACGCGUCGUGGGAACGACAGACUCACGCAACAGCCUGUCAGGUCGAGAGGAUAUGUUCACCACGAAGGCCGCUGAUGAUUCUCGCUACACCACGCGACCCAAGGUUGUUCGGGAGGACAGUCUCACUGAUCCUUGGGGAUAUCCCUUGGGACCCUCCACUCCGGGAUAUCGAAGCCCAGGUGAUCGUGACCGUUACCGAGAACGUUCUCGAAGUCGUGAUCGGGUUAUAAGCCCCGGAAUUCGUGACCGUUACCGGGAGCGUUCUCAAAGUCGUGAUCGGGAUGCAAGCCCUGGAAUUCGUGACCGUUACCGGGAGCGUUCUCAAAGUCGUGAUCGGGAUGCAAGCCUAGGGGCUGACGACGGCACUUUCGAGUACGGCAACAACUUCAACUACAACAACUACGGCAGCGGCUCCUAUGUGCCUCCCCUUGGGGGCUACACCCUUCCUUACGACUCCCGACAACGUUAUAACAGCUAUACUGGUGUCGACGGCAUCAAUGAUCGCCCCACAGUCCGACCGAACAUCAUCUUCCGAGAGAGAGUGCGUGACGAUGACAUCAGACGCCCCGAGGACCCUCGUCUUGAUAAAGGGCGUAACAAUGAACCUAUACGCAAGGAGGACCCCGGGUACCGUGAUGAUGAUUACCCGUACGUACGCAAGGAGGAUCCCCGGUACCGUGAUGAUGAUUACAUGUACAUGCGCAGAGAGGACCCCCGUUGCCGUGAUGAUGAUUACAUGUACGCACGCUCUAGGGACUCUCGACCUGAUAUUGACCGCGCCUCGACGGAUACUAGGGCUUCUCCCGUCCGUGAGGGAGUGCGUGACGAUGUAUCCGUUCGCUCUGAGGACCCUCAUCUCGUUAUCCACCGCUCCUUCACUGACGGGCCAAACAUCAUCCGCCGUGAGAGAGGCCGUGACAAUGUGUUUGUUCGCUCCGAGAGUCCUCUUGUCGGUGGAGCCUCCGCCGCCACCGUCGACGCUGCAGUCAACCCCGUGGGCGGCAGAAGGCGCAAUGAGGAACGUGCUCCUUACGUCGAUCGGGACGAGUUGUUCGCGAACCUACCACUCCGAACGCACAGAGAAAAGUUGGGCUCAGACCCUCGUGUCAACGACACAAUUCGGCGCCACUUCUAUACGUGA